AAUCGUACAUCCGAUUCUGCUGUUUCCUUCCUCUUCCCUAUUUCGGUAUUUCCCAUUCUUUGCUUAGGGGUUUUCCUGAUCUCAAUCAUGGCGGAAGACUCCGUACCACCGCCUCCAUCUUCAUCUUCCUCUUCUGCUCCUCUUGGCUCCUCCGUGAUCUCGAUAGUCAACAAGCUUCAGGAUAUCUUCGCUCGGGUCGGGAGCCAGUCCACCAUCGAUCUUCCCCAAGUCGCCGUUGUUGGCAGCCAGAGUAGUGGCAAGUCCAGUGUCCUCGAGGCUCUUGUCGGCCGCGACUUCUUGCCUAGGGGUAAUGAUAUUUGCACCAGGAGGCCUCUGGUGCUGCAGCUCGUGCAGACUAAGAGGAAGCCCGAUGGCACUGAAGAGGAGUACGGGGAGUUCCUCCACUUGCCCGGCAAGAGGUUCUACGAUUUCUCCGAGAUUCGAAGGGAGAUUCAGGCUGAAACUGACAGGGAAGCAGGAGGGAAUAAAGGUGUCUCCGACAAACAGAUACGUCUCAAGAUUUUUUCACCAAAUGUUCUCGAUAUUACACUUGUGGAUCUACCUGGGAUUACAAAGGUUCCUGUUGGAGACCAGCCUUCUGAUAUUGAAGCUCGAAUCAGAACAAUGAUUAUGUCAUACAUUAAAACUCCCACGUGUCUUAUUCUUGCUGUCACACCAGCUAAUUCAGAUUUGGCCAACUCAGAUGCUCUUCAAAUGGCAGGAGUUGCUGAUCCUGAUGGCAACAGAACAAUAGGAGUAAUCACAAAGUUGGAUAUCAUGGACAGAGGCACUGAUGCCCGGAAUCUGUUACUUGGGAAAGUCAUUCCCCUCCGACUUGGUUAUGUGGGUGUUGUUAAUCGUAGUCAGGAGGAUAUCCUAAUGAACCGAAGUAUAAAAGAUGCCCUUGUUGCUGAAGAGAAAUUCUUUCGUAGUCGUCCAAUAUACAGCGGUCUAGCAGAGAGCUGUGGUGUUCCUCAGUUGGCAAAGAAAUUAAAUCAGAUUCUAGCCCAGCAUAUAAAGGCUGUUCUGCCAGGGCUGAGAGCUCGUAUAAGCUCUCAACUGGUAUCUGUUGCAAAGGAACAUGCAGGCUAUGGAGAGAUCACGGAGUCCAAGGCUGGUCAAGGUGCUCUUCUCCUAAAUAUUCUUUCAAAAUAUUCUGAAGCAUUUUCCUCCAUGGUAGAGGGAAAGAAUGAGGAGAUGUCAACAUCUGAAUUAUCUGGUGGAGCAAGAAUUCAUUAUAUUUUUCAGAAUAUAUUUGUGAAGAGUUUAGAGGAGGUGGAUCCAUGUGAGGACUUGACUGAUGAUGAUAUUCGAACUGCUAUACAGAAUGCGACUGGGCCUAAAUCAGCAUUAUUUGUUCCAGAAGUACCAUUUGAAGUCCUUGUGCGAAGGCAAAUAGCUCGUCUAUUAGAUCCAAGCCUUCAGUGUGCAAGGUUUAUAUACGAUGAGUUGAUGAAGAUCAGCCAUCGCUGCAUGGUCACUGAACUGCAGCGGUUCCCAUUUUUGAGAAAGCGCAUGGAUGAAGUGAUUGGGAACUUCCUGCGAGAAGGUCUUGAACCCUCAGAGAAUAUGAUUGGACACAUUAUAGAAAUGGAGAUGGACUACAUAAACACUUCCCACCAAAAUUUUAUUGGUGGAAGCAAGGCAUUGGAGAUUGCUGUGCAACAGACCAAGUCUUCCAGGGUUCCCCUGCCGGCCAGGCCAAAGGAUGGUAUGGAAUCUGAUAAGGGAUCAGCCUCUGAAAGAAGUAUGAAGUCUCGGGGAUUUAUUGCAAGGCAAGUAAAUGGAGUAGUGGCUGAUCAGGGUGGUCGUGCUGCAUCAGAGCUUGACAAAGUUGCAACCUCUGGAAACACCGGUGCAGCAACUUGGGGAUCUCAUCUAUUUUUGGUGGAAGUGAUAGCCGUGUGCCUAUAA